AAUGGGGGAGGUUUUCAGAGGAGGAUUUUUGGAGGAGAGUCUCAGAGUUCGGAGGAUUAUUCAGCGUCACUUUGCUUUAAAUGGUGCAUCUACCGUCCGUGAGCUGCCUCCACAGCAGUUCUGCAGGCAAGGUUUCGUGUUAGGAAAAUCAUCAGAGGCAGGAUUUGGGAACGAAAUGUACAAGAUGUUAACUGCUGCUGCAUUAAGCAUAAUGUUGAACCGGUCCUUGAUCAUUGGGCAAACCAGGCAUAUUGGGGUAAAUAUCCUUUUGGAGACUACAUUUCUUAUUCCAACCUUACGUUUACCUUGAAAGAAAUCAAGCAUCUUUGGAGAAAAAACGAUUGUGUAAAGAAGUACAAAAGGCAGUUGGUUAUGAGGAUUGAUGAUUUUGAGAAGCCAGCAAAGACAAAUGCCCUCUGUAGCAAUUGGAGGGAUUGGGACCAACCUAUUAUAUGGUUUCAGGGUACCACAGAUGCCGUAGGAGCUCAAUUUUUCUUGAAGAAUGUACAUUCUGAGAUGAGGAGUGCUGCUUAUGAGUUAUUUGGAAAGCCAGAAUCUCUGCGAUCUCGACCUAACAUAUUUGGGGAGCUAAUGAGAGUACUCAUAUCCCCUUCUAAAGAUGUUGAGGAAGCGGUCAAUUGGGUUCCAGACGGUGUUGGGGAGCCUGAUAUUACAUUGCACAUGCGGAUGCUUAUGAAUAGGUCUGUAAGAGCAGUACAGGCAGCAUUGAACUGCAUCAGAAAAGCCAUGCACAACUUACAGCUAAGGUCAAAACCCAGGGUGGUUGUAGUGUCUAAUACCCAAUUGAAGAUAUUUAUGCCCAUUACCCACUAGUUUAAAACGGAUUAGG